UAUCUACUUCCGCCUCCAGACGGAAGUGUCCUACGGUUCCCCUCAAAGAGCUUCCGGGCAUACUCGGCCGUAACCAGCCCCUGCAAUGGCCUCGUCUUUGGUGGGCAAGAAGAUCGUGUUUGUGACGGGAAACGCAAAGAAGCUGGAGGAGGUCAUUCAGAUUCUAGGAGAUAAGUUUCCGUGCACUUUGGUGGCACAGAAAAUUGACCUGCCUGAGUACCAGGGAGAGCCAGAUGAAAUUUCCAUACAGAAGUGUCGGGAGGCCGCUCGCCAGGUGCAGGGUCCUGUACUGGUGGAGGAUACCUGUCUGUGCUUCAAUGCCCUCGGGGGGCUCCCUGGCCCCUACAUAAAAUGGUUCCUCGAGAAGCUAAAGCCUGAAGGUCUCCACCAGCUCUUGGCCGGCUUUGAGGACAAAUCAGCCUAUGCACUUUGUACAUUUGCCCUCAGCACUGGGGACCCAAGCCAGCCAGUCCUCCUGUUCAGGGGCCAGACCGCGGGCCAGAUCGUGAUGCCACGAGGCUCCCGGGACUUUGGCUGGGAUCCCUGCUUUCAGCCUGAUGGAUACGAGCAAACGUAUGCAGAGAUGCCAAAGGCUGAGAAAAACGCCAUUUCUCAUCGGUUCCGGGCCCUGCUCAAGCUACAAGAGUACUUCAGCGUGACUGCUGGGGCUGGUGGCCAGUAAAGCCGUGGGAUGGGGAGGACUAGUGUAGAGUUCCCCAGGAGGCAGGCACUCCUGGCAGGUGUUUCUCUGGGUUUCCCUCUGCCAGGGGAUCCAGGCAGCUUUAGUAGCCAGGUCUGGAGGAGCAGUUUGCUCAAUAUAGGGAAACUCUGGGCCAGUUGUUACUAAACUCUUGCCCUUUGGGAUUCAUGAGUUUCCUUUGGCCUGGCAUAGUGGUGCACACCUUUAGUCCCAGAAUGUGGGAGGCAGAGGCAGACAGAGCUUUGUGAGUUCAAGGCCAGCCUGGUUUAGAUAGUGAGUUCCAGGGUAGCCAGAGCUACAUAGUGAGAUAUUGUCUCAAAAACAAAAUAAAAAAAAAAAAGUAGAGUUGCUCUUGCAGCCUCUAGGAUCCUGAGAGAACUUUGGGUGUUCACACUUCUUAGCUGGGUUGAGGGUUGGCAAAGAAAUACACAACCUUUGAUUUUAUAAGGCAGCAAAUGUAAAUUCUGGAAGGCAUGUUUCCAAAAUAAAUGGUAUAUCUGUUUUGA